GGACCGCACCUGCUCACCGGUCCGGUGCGCGUCCGCGGCGCGGAGGUCGGCGACGUCCUCGCCGUGGAGAUCCUCGCGUCCGAGCCGUGGGUGCCGUGGGGAUGGAACGCGCUUCGAGCGGGGAAAGGCGCGCUCGCCGCGCUCGACGACGACGACGACGACGACGACGCGUUCGCGUUCCUCCGCGACGGCGUCGACGAGACGAUCGUGAUCCCGAUCGAUCUGGACGCGCGCGUCGCGACGCCGCCACGGAACGUCGACCGACGAACACGCUGGCGCGAACCGUUCUUCGGGCAGCUCGGCGUCGCGCCGCGUCCCGACCGCGGCGUGGUGAGCAGGCGCCCUGGCGCGCACGGCGGUAACCUCGAUAACCGGCUGUUGACGCCCGGGUCGACGGCGUACUUCCGCGUGAACGUCCCCGGCGCGAUGUUCAGCGCGGGGGAUGGACACGCGAUGCAAGGCGACGGCGAGUUCUCCGUCACCGCGCUCGAGACGAGCCUGCGAGGAACGUUUCGACUGUCGGUUAUUAAAAAUAACAGCGGCGACGCCGACGCCCCGCGCGCGAUGACGCGAUCGCACUAUCUCACGAUGUCGUUCCACGAGAGCCUGGACGUCGCGCAGAACCUCGCGCUGCGCGAUAUGCUGCGCUGGAUGCGCCGAGUCACGGGCCUCCGCGUGGUCGAUCUGUAUCGCAUGAGCUCGCUCGUCGGGGACAUGUCGGUCACGCAAGUCGUGAACGGGAAGAAGGGCGUGCACCUCGCGUUUCCGCGCCGGUGCGUUUUUUUUUCUUUUUUUCUUUCUCUUCGCCCGCGCGUGCCUUUCGACGUCGUUCGACCGGCGCGAGACGUCCAACUGACCGACCGACGAACGUCCAUGGACCCUACGUCCUUCCAGGACGAUGGACGAGAUCGCGCGCGCGGGGGGGAUGGGUGA